AGAUCAUCACGAUGACCCACUGCUCCUGCACUCUUGUGUCAGUCAUGUUUUACGAGCAUUUUUUCUCGUCGGCCAAAGGAGAAGAGCAUUGAUCAGCUGUCUUGUCUCAGUGCGGCCAUCCUGAGGUCAGAGGUCAGGGGGGGGGAUGGAUUACUUCAACCUGCUCGACACUCAGAUCCGUCACUUCCUGCCUCCUGAGAUCCACGAGCUGUUCCAGAGGAAGCUGAGAGAUCGAGCUCUCCAGGAGAUGCCCAACUUCAUCUGGUGUUCACAUUGUUCGUUCGGCAUUCUUCAUGAAGCUGACCAGCUGAGGAUGGACUGUCCGAGCUGUAAGAAGAGCACAUGCUGUCAGUGCAGAUCACCUUGGUCUCCUGAACAUCAGGGUCUGUCCUGUCAGCAGUUCAGAGUCAGGCGGCAUCACAACCAGCCAGACCUCCAGAACCAGAACCCCCCCCUGCUGGAGUGUCCAUGCUGCAGCAGUGUGUUCAGUGUCUCCAGAGGAGGAUGUCUGCACUUCACCUGCUCUCAGUGUCAGCACCAGUUCUGUGGAGGCUGCAGACAGACCUUCAGCCCCGGACCGGCCUGCAGGUUCUCCACUUCCUGUGGGGGGAGGGGACUGCAUGCCCAUCAUCCUCGAGACUGUCUGUAUCACCUUAGAGACUGGAGCGUGUCCCGCCUCCUGCAGUUACUACAGUGCUACAGAGUGUCUCCCUCCUGCUGUGACUCCGCCACCCGCAGAUCACCUGACUCCCACACAGGUGUGUGUCCGGUGAUGGAGGUGAGGGAGGAGAGUGAGGAAGCGUGUGGACGAGCUGCCUCCCCCCAGUACAGAGGAUACUGCGAGAUACACUACAAGGAGCGCUUGGUGCAGCUGAUCAACCGUUGCCAUGGCGACCCUGCAGUGCUCUUCAGCGUGGCGGAGAUGGUGGCGGAGCUUCAGCGCUGGGGUGUCGCCGUGCCGACCAGGAGAGCUGAGGAGGCAGAGCAAGCUUACACAGAAGGCCUCCGCGCGACACUGACCAAUAGCGUUCCUCUCAGGAAGCAUCUCUGACUGCUGCUGGAGCUCCACUUCCUCCGUCACACCAAUCUAUCAGAUGGCAGCUCCGUCCUGCUUCAUUGAGUGAUGUUAUCGUCACCAUUUAGCCGGUGGUGUCUGAUUGGCUCCUUGUUUGCAGUGAGAGGACGAAUGAAAACCGAAAAAGACGGAGCGAGCAGCCAAUUAUCAUCCCUCUCUGUUUCUUGAACUGAUGCUAACAUGUUGUUGCCGAGCUGAUGCUAACAUGUUAACGAGCUGAUGCUAACAUGUAAACAAGCUGAUGCUAACAUGUUGUUAACAAGCUGAUGCUAACAUGUUAACGAGCUGAUGCUAACAUGUUAACGAGCUGAUGCUAACAUGUAAACAAGCUGAUGCUAACAUGUUGUUAACAAGCUGAUGCUAACAUGUUAACAAGCUGAUGCUAACAUGUUGUUAACAAGCUGAUGCUAACAUGUUAACGAGCUGAUGCUAACAUGUUGUUAACAAGCUGAUGCUAACAUGUUAACAAGCUGAUGCUAACAUGUUGUUAACAAGCUGAUGCCAACAUGUUGUUAACAAGCUGAUGCUAACAUGUUGUUAACAAGCUGAUGCUAACAUGUUAACAAGCUGAUGCCAACAUGUUGUUAACAAGCUGAUGCUAACAUGUUGUUAACAAGCUGAUGCUAACAUGUUAACAAGCUGAUGCCAACAUGUUGUUAACAAGCUGAUGCUAACAUGUUGUUAACAAGCUGAUGCUAACAUGUUAACGAGCUGAUGCUAACAUGUUGUUAACAAGCUGAUGCUAACAUGUUAACAAGCUGAUGCUAACAUGUUGUUAACAAGCUGAUGCCAACAUGUUAACGAGCUGAUGCUAACAUGUUGUUAACAAGCUGAUGCUAACAUGUUAACGAGCUGAUGCUAACAUGUUGUUAACGAGCUGAUGCUAACAUGUUAACGAGCUGAUGCUAACAUGUUGUUAACAAGCUGAUGCUAACAUGUUGUUGACGAGCUGAUGCUAACAUGUUAACAAGCUGAUGCUAACAUGUUGUUGACGAGCUGAUGCUAACAUGUUGUUAACAAGCUGAUGCUAACAUGUUGUUAAUGAGCUGAUGUUAACGAGCUGAUGUUAACGAGCUGAUGCUAACAUGUUUACGAGCUGAUGCUAACAUGUUGUUAAAAAGCUGAUGUCAACGAGCUGAGCUGAUGCUAACAUGUUGUUAAUGAGCUGAUGCUAACAUGUUGUUAACGAGCUGAUGCUCACAUGUUGUUAAUGAGCUGAUGCUAACAUGUUGUUAACGAGCUGAUGCUAACAUGUUGUUAACGAGCUGAUGCUAACAUGUUGUUAACAAGCUGAUGCUAACAUGUUGUUAAUGAGCUGAUGUUAACGAGCUGAGCUGAUGCUAACAUGUUGUUAACGAGCUGAUGCUAACAUGUUGUUAAUGAGCUGAUGUUAACGAGCUGAGCUGAUGCUAACAUGUUGUUAACGAGCUGAUGCUAACAUUAUGUUAACGAGCUUAUGCUAACAUGUUAACGAGCUGAUGCUAACAUGUUGUUGACGAGCUGAUGUUAACAUGUUGUUAACGAGCUGAUGCUAACAUGUUGUUAACGAGCUGAUGCUAACAUGUUAACGAGCUGAUGCUAACAUGUUGUUGACGAGCUGAUGUUAACAUGUUGUUAACGAGCUGAUGCUAACAUGUUGUUAAUGAGCUGAUGCUAACAUGUUGUUAACGAGCUGAUGCUAACAUGUUGUUAACGAGCUGAUGCUAACAUGUUGUUAACGAGCUGAUAACCAGUAAACGUCUUCUGCAGUUGUCACUCUCCUUAAGUAAAUGAUUUAAUGGGGGGGGGGCUGCUGUGUAUGUACAAAAUAAAUCUUGAAUGGAAAAAAGUGUAUGUUCCUGAGUUACGAUACUGGAUAAAGCAGCCGUACUUCCUAUAGUACCCCCUCACCCUAUAUAAAGUAAUGGUACUUAUUUAGGGUUAGGGGGUACUUCAUAGUACCAGUAGUAUAUAAAGUACCCCUCUGACUUUAAGUAUUAAAAGUUGUCCAUUUUUUAAAUCAUAAACUUUAUUAGUCACAAACAUUACAAACAGUCCAUGCACCUCAUGAAAUGCUGUUUUACCCAGAAUGCACGGGUUCAGUGUUAGGGCGCAGCGUCGUCUCUGAUUGGACAGAAGCUCUGGAUCUCCUGCAGCAGCCGCUCAGCCAACGCCGGGCUGUUAGCUGCCAGAACCCGGCGAGACAUCAGGUCCACCGGCCCGCCUGCACACAGUCCCACGUUAGCAUCUGUUAGAUUAGCACCUGUGUGUGUUAGCUUAGCAUCUGUGUGUUAGUGUAGCUACUAACCCUGCACGUCCAUCAGGACCCCCCCCCGCCUCGGUCACCAGCAGGGACCCCGCUGCGAUGUCCCAGACGUGGAUCCCGAUCUCAUAAUACGCCUCGACGCAGCCGGAGGCUACCAGACACAUGUUGAUGGCUGCAGUGCCUGCUCCACGCACCCUACACACACACACACACACUUUAGGUCACAGGAUGAUGCUGAGCUGACACACACACUCUUUAGUAGGAUGAUGGAUGGCCCUCAUCCUGAAUUUUUUUUAAAUCCCAAAUAUCGGCCCCCCAAAAAAAAUGAUAUUGGUCGGGCCACACACACACACACACACACACCCGUGUGUGGGGAUGCUCAGCACGGCUCUCAGGCUGCAGAGAAUUUUCUCCACGACCUCAGGAUCUCUGCUGGAGCCGAAUUCUGUGCAGACCAUCGCCUGAUGGAUAUCUGAACACACACACACACACACACACACACACACACACACACACACACACACACACACACACACACACACACACACACACACACACACACACACACACACACACACACACACACACACACACACACACACAGUUAGCAUUCUUAGCUCAGCUUGUUUCUCUGAUAGCUUCAGACCCAGUGGCGUUUUCUCCCGGAGGCCAAGGGAGGCGUGGCCUCCUCAUUUAUAUUCGAUAAAAAAAUAUCCAUGAGUUGGGAUUCAUGACGCACAUUUUAGGUUCCAAAUAUGCCGUGUUUAAUUCCCUGAUGUCAUGUUUUUCUUUGAGCGAGCAAAACAGCGCCCCUAUAGGUGAAAUACUGCCAUCUAAGGAGGCCCGUUUAACUUGGCCUCCACUACUACUAAGGGUUUUAGCCAAUCAGAUUGAAGCUCGGCUUGUCACCGAACGCUCAUCAAGGUCAAUCAAACUGUAAAAAUUUAAAAAAUGAGGAGGCUAGCUUGUACGUGCCUCCUACACUAAUACGUAAGUACGUAACCACACACAACCAUGCUGUUGCUAACCGUGAAGGAAGGUUAGAAAGUAAGAAUGGAUGGCGACGGAGACCCAGAGUUUUUUCUGAGAAACGAUUUCACUAAACUACCGUUUGAAAUUCAGUUAAAAAUAAAACAGAAGGGUAGGUCCACUCCGAAUCUCGACCUUACUCAGGGAAGAGCUAAAGGAAAUACCCGGACGUUUUGUGAAGGGAACUAUACGAGAACGGACUGGC